CUCGUUCAGCAGAGGAACUCAUGGCUCACACUAUUCUCCCACCACUGCCUCUUUGCCUUCGAGAGCAUGGAGCAGACAAAGAGGCAAGUCUGUCUGACUCCAGAGGCAUUGAAAUGUGAACUCCAUGCUUUUACCAUGGUGAACAACCUUUAAGCUUUUUAAAUUGAAUGCAGUUUUUCUGAUGUAGAGUUGGGUUCUCUCAAACAUGCCAACCUAAACUAAUUCAAGGAAGCUUUUCAUCUGAAGAACUUUGAGGUUCCUAGAAGAUCUCCAACCGGAGCGUUGGUAAGUCCACUGCAGGAAUGGACACAGAGAACAAAACCUGUCGUUACAGUCAGAGCGUGGAGGAGAACGGGGGCCCGGCCAUCAGCGCGAUGAUGUUCUCAGCCGGAGUGCUCGGGAAUCUGGUUGCGUUGGUUCUCCUGGAGUUCCGCAGGAGGAAAGAGAAGAACCGGCAGCGGCAGUCUCUGUUCCAUUUGUUGGUGACCACGUUGGUCAUUACGGAUCUAAUGGGCACCUGCUUGAUCAGUCCCCUUGUGCAGAUUGCACACUUAACUAAUACCACACUAUUUGGGAUGACCAAGUCUUCUGCGGUGACCGAGUCUUCUGCGGUGUGUCAGUAUUUUGGAUUUGCAAUGACUUUCUUCAGUCUGGCGACACAUUCCAUCCUCCUCGCCAUGGCACUGGAGAGGAGCAUCUCCAUCGGGUACCCGUACCACUAUGGGAGGCACGUCACCAAGCGCUGUGGAUACAUCACCAUCCCUUGCAUUUAUCUGGUCUGCUUUCUAUUCUGCAUGAUGCCGUUUGCAGGCUUCGGGGAAUAUGUGCAAUACUGUCCAGGGACGUGGUGUUUUAUCGACAUGAAACCAGAGAAGCCUAAGCACCAGGCUUAUGCCAACGUUUAUGCCACCGUGUUGCUGCUUACUGUUGUAAUUAUAGUGGCAUGCAACUGUUUUGUAGUUUAUCAUCUGGUCCUGAUGUACCGGAGGCGCAAAAUGAACCGAGGAUCGGUGCAGACCCGGAGUAAAAAGGACAGGAGGCACUUCUCAUGGGCAGAGGAGGUGGAACAUCUCAUUCUUCUGAUCUUCAUGACAGUCAUAUUUGUCAUUUGUUCUCUGCCAUUAAUGAUCCGUGUGUACAUCAACUCCAUGGUAAAGCCUGUAAAAAACAAGACGGAUCUAAUAGCUCUGCGGUUCCUCUCGGUCAACUCCAUCAUUGACCCGUGGGUGUUCAUCAUCCUCAGCCCCUCGGUUCUGCGCUUCCUCUGGGGGGCGCUCUGUAAGACCACCUUAAUGCCCUCCAGGAACUCCCUGUUCAAAACGUCCAUUUCCAAGAACCCCGCAGGCCAAAUCGAGCUGUACCAACCCAGUUCCACCUGUGUGGAGACCACACACCACAACAAGUCUGUUCAGAUGAUCUGAAGUGAUGAGGACAAUGACGAUGGACUGGAUCUGUCAUCCAUCUAUCCAUCUGAGAACAUCUCAACUGAUUUGUCUUCGAUUCCAAUGCAAUCUGGUUGGAUUGUUGAUCUAAAAACAGAUUCAGAAACUGAGUGAGAUAAAGCCAAAUGUGAGGUCAAAGGGAUACGUUAUGUUCCCUCAACCACUACAGUUUUGUUUUGAGACCAGAAGCCCCGUUAACUGCGAUCACCUGAAGAACUUGAAAAAUGUUUAAGGCAUGUUCAUUGGGAGUUCAAUCAUGGAGGAUUUUUCAUUUUUUGCCGGGGACAUGAGUGAUUGGACUGUUUAAAAACAGAAACUCUCCUUAAGCUAUCAUUCCAUGAUCAUUACUCUUUUUUUUCCAGGCUUGUGUUUUCCAGGUAAAAACGGCACAUUCUCCUACGCAGUCUACGUUUGUUGUCGAGUGACUCAUGUGACGUAGUUUGCGUUUCAAGUAAUUCAGCUCUUCAAAUAUUACUUAAAGUUGUCAACUUGUAUUUAUAGACGCAACAUAUUUAUUGUGUUUUAAUUUAUGUGAAUACAACUGCAAGUCAAUGACAUAUAUGUGUCUUCAUAUGUAUAGACUGACAUGAAUCAGUCAUUUCUUUCAUGUGAGAGAUUACGCUUGUGCAUAAUUGUACAUAAUUAUAGUAUAAGCAUGACGACAUGGUGCCGUUCAGUAGCUACAGACCUGUUCUUUGUGUCAAGAUAGUUGUUUUUCUGCCUUUGAAGGUCUUGAAUGUACUUGUGAAAUAAUGUGUUAUCCACGAAUGCAUGUAAUUUAUGUUGGAAGUGUUGUGUGAAAUUGUCUGUUAAAUGUAACAUAGUCUAAGCAAGUCGCAGCCAUUGAUGUGCACUUCACAACGGAGCAAAUCAAUAAGAUUGAUAAGUUAACAGAUGCAUUUUGAAUUUGAAUAUAAGUAUUAUCUGUCAUUAUUAACAAGAAACGUUUGUGAUUUUAUUGUUUGUUGUUUGAAAGUUGUUGUUUUUUUUUUUUAAAAAGUUUAAAAAGGCCUUAUGGAGAGAGAAAACAAUAUUCAAAUUCCAACUCAUGAAUAAAAAGGGAGACAAUUUUUCAAUUCUGAAUUUUGCCCAAACCUGCUCAGGACUCGUGUCUCUUGACAAAGAAAUAAAUAAAGCAUGCAUACAUUGCCUGAGGCCAUAAAUAAGUAUGCGAACACUCAAA